AUGGGGUGCGCUUCCAGUACCGAGACGUUCCAGCCACUUCCCGACAGCUACAAUUCCCUCGAAGAAGUGCAGAAAGCUCUGCGACGCGUGGGUCUGCAGUCGUCCGACUUGAUCAUCGCAGUGGACUUUACCGAAUCAAACCUGUGGAAAGGAGAACAGACGUUUGAAGGAAGGUCGCUGCACUAUGUUGAUACAUCAGGACGUGUGGUGAACCCUUACCAAAAAGUGAUCUCGGCCAUCACUCGAGUGUUCGAGUUGUUCAACGACGACGAUACGAUCCCGGCUUUUGGCUACGGCGGCUACCCGGACCUCCCAGUUACCGAACGGUACUUUUCAUUCGCCAAGGACCACGGUUGUGAACUCGACGAUGUGUUGCAGCGAUACUUUGCCAUUGCUUCGACAAUGGAACUAAACUCUUCGGCAAGCUUCGUACCGGUUAUCUACGAAGCAAUCAAGAUGGCCAGGAAUAGCCGCCGCUACCACAUUUUGAUCAUCAUCUCAAACGGCCAUAUCGAUGAUCCUGAGAUGGCGAGGAAAGCGAUUGUGGAGGCUUCCGAAUACCCGCUUUCGAUUAUCAUGGUCGGCGUAGGCGACGGUCCUUGGAACAUGAUGAUUGAGUUCGAUGACCAGCUGCCCGAGCGCCGUUUUGACAACUUUCAGUUUGUGAACUAUAACACGAUUCCAAAAGGCAACUUGGAUAACCCGGACGGAGGUUUUGCCAUGCAGGCACUCAUGGAAAUUCCAGGACAAUACAGCCGAAUUCGAAGACUCUCGCUGAUCAAGAAUUGA